AUGAAUUGUCUUGUGAUUUGUCAAUCUAGAUGGUGGAUAGUGACAAUUGUGUUGUAUACAUGUGUUUUCAUUCCAUUGAAGCAACUCAAGAGAUCACUUGCAAACAUGUUUGGCCAAACUCUCUUGUUUCUCUUCUCUUGUGAAAGCAAAGAGAUUGAGUUUCCAGCUCCAUCUCUACCUGUAGCGUGGUUCGAGGAUUUGAAAGGAGAUGGAGAUGAAGAAGAGAUUUGCUCCAUUUGCUUGGUAGAGUUUGAAGGAGAAGAUGCAGUGAGCAAGUUGAGGAGAUGUAAGCAUGUGUUUCAUUUUAAUUGCAUUGAGCAAUGGCUAGAACGAAGUCAAUUCUCGUGUCCACUUUGUAGAUCUUUUUUAUUUUCCUAA